UGCAGCGCAGUCGAUAGCGCUUAACCAAUAUUACCGUUAAAAGCAAUUGCGCUAUUCAAAUUCACGCGCCAAAAGGAAUUCGCUUAGUGUCAUUGCUAUUUAAUUUAUGUGCAUUUAGCUUUUCGCUCUUAUGUGUUUAAGUUUCAUGUGUGCGCCUGACAAUUUAUAAAAUGCGCGUCUCACUGAUAAUUUGGCUGGUGGCAGCGAUGUUGCUACAACAACAACAACUACCAGUUACAGCUGCGGCAACUGCGGUCGAGCAGGAACAGAUCGAGCCCAAAAUUGUGGGCGGCACCUCGAUCAGCAUAACGCAGGCGCCGUAUCAAGUGUCGGUGCGUUUGACGAGUCGGGACCGCAAAUCCUACGGCUCUGGCCAUAUAUGUGGAGGCGUCGUCAUAUCCCAGCGUCUGGUGGCCACAGCUGCGCAUUGUGUUUACAACAAUGAUAAGAAGCAAUAUCGACGCGCUGGCGAAUUUAUGCUGGUCAUGGGCAAUGCCUAUUUGCUGAGAAAGAAUGAGAACACAUUGCAGUAUUAUGUGCAGGAGCUGAUUGUGCAUCCGAACUAUAAUCAAGUUAGCCUGGUUAACGACAUUGCGCUUAUGUUCUUCAAUGGCUACAUACCCUGGGAAGCGCCAACAGUCAAGGCGCUGAAUCUGAAUGAUCGAUCACUGCCCGCGGGUACGAACUGCGCGGUCACAGGCUGGGGAGUCGUAUUUAGCGGCGCCACCAUAUCGAGCCCCACCUUGCAGCUGGGCCGCGUGCCCUUGGUGAGCUAUGAGCAGUGCUUCAUUGGCUACGGCAAUCUGCCCAGAUCCCAGGUAUGUGCGGGCUUCAUGAAGGGCGGCGUGGACGCCUGCCAGGGCGACUCCGGCGGACCGCUGCAGUGCGAGAACCAACUGGUGGGCAUUGUUAGCUAUGGCGAGGGCUGUGCCAAGCGCAACUAUCCCGGCGUCUACACCAAUGUGUCCUUCUAUCACGACUGGAUCGUUCAGAUGAACUCUACGCUCAACUACACAAUCUACAAGAAUAGCGCCAAGAGCUUUGGGGCUUCUUCUGUCUGGAGCUUGUUGCUGAGCGUUGUGGCUUUGCUUGUGCUGGCAAAUUGCUUCUACGCUCAAGUGGUUAAUAACAUGGCUACCAAAUUGUUCGUUCUACUGGCGGCGUUAGCCUUAAUGCUGGCCACGGCCACCACAGCCGCCGACUCCAGGCGCAGAGAUUUGGAUUCGACACAGAUACGUCCGCGUUUUAAUUUGGAUCCCGGUCGCAUUAUCAAUGGCACCUAUGCCACCCAGGAGGCCACGCGCCAUCAGGUGAGCCUGCGACGCAAACUCAACGAUGGAUAUUUCUUCGGCACGGGACACUUCUGCGGUGGAUCGCUCAUUCGCCCCAAUGCGGUGCUCACUGCUGCACAUUGUUUCAUGGAUCAGUAUUUUAACAACGGCACAUUUAUAGACAAGGAUACUGUGAUUGUUGUCAUGGGCACUUUGGAUCGCUUCGAACAGGCAAACACGCUGACCUUUGAGGUGGAGCAGCUCAUCAUGCAGCUGGAGGUGUUUAACAAGACGACGUACGACAAGGAUAUAGCGCUGCUUAUACUGAACGGCUCUGUGCCAAUGAAUCAUCCGACCAUACGUCCAAUUGCUCUGAAUGCGCUGACUGUGCCGGCUGAGACCGUUUGCCAGGUGACGGGCUGGGGUGUGACCGAGGAGGGCUACGUCUCGGACGUGCUGAUGACUGUCGAUGUGCCGAUGAUUAGCAACGAGGAGUGCAUCAAUGACAGCGACCUGGGCGCGCUCAUUCGACCUGGCAUGGUGUGCGCCGGCUACAUGGAGCAGGGCGAGCGUGACGCCUGCAAUGGCGACUCCGGCGGACCGCUUGUCUGCCAUAGCCAGCUGGCGGGCAUUGUCAGCUGGGGCAUUGGCUGCGCCCAGCCGAAUCUGCCUGGUGUCUACACUGAGGUCUCCUACUACUAUGACUGGAUUCUGGAGCAGCUGGGCGAGGAGCAUCAUCACAGUGGUGAUGGUGAUGGUGAUGAUGAUGGCAGUGGCAGUGGUGAUGGCGAUGAUGAUGGCAGUGGCAGUGGUGAUGGCGACGAUGAUGAUGGCGUUGCCAUGGUCUCAGUCACUUCAUUAAGUAUUCUGGUGCCCGCACUGCUCGCUCUCAGUCGUUUGUAG